AUCAGACAGAGCGGAGUUGCCUCCUCAGGAAUACUUGCCAUGAUCGAAAUAGUAUUUAAAAGGGAUGGCAUGCUUAAAGAAAUGGGCGAUUAUGUUCUUACUCUUGAAUCUCUCUCGGAUGAUGCAGUCUGGUUGAUCAUGAAGAUGCUCCGUUCUAACCUUUUCAGGCCAUUUCCUUCUCAGACUGCUGUUUUUUCUGAGAUAGAGAAUGAAAAUCUAUAUGACACUGAAGAUAAAAGGCCACUGGUUGAAGGGGCCUGGGUCCAUCUGAGAAACUUUUAUGAAUUCCUCCAAAAAGUUGUUGAUGCUGGGUUGUUACGCGAGGAACAUAUUGAUGAUAAGUUUAUUACUUGGUUUUUUAAUACUGCUGUGCUAGCAGAUGACUACAGAGAAGCUUGCUUUGUGGCAGACCUUCUGCCAUCUUUCUGGACAAAAUUCCCCAACAAACAGCAAUCAAUUUGGAGGACUGUGCGGAGUAAUCUGUCUCGUUUUGUAGCCCGGACAGGAAGAGCUGCAGACCAAUGUUUGGUAAGGUUCUUGGAGAAGGAAGGCUCUCUGGUCAAUUUGAUUUUUGAGGCUAUUCUGAGUGGGGAUCAUAUUUGUGAGUCUUCUCUACUCAAUGAAAUCAAAGCCCUGAUGGCGAUUGGUAACAUAAAUGAAAUCAACCAAUCCAAUGCUGAGCUUCUGUUCGGAUGCAUUGCGAAGACUUUGCGAUCUUCUGACAAGAAAGUGGUGAGAAAAGGACUUGAUAUAGCUUCCUCUGAUAGAUUUCUUGAACUUGCCGAGAUACACAGAGAGCUUUCAUUACCUGUCAUAAGGAUGGGGCUGCAAUGUGCAAUAGAGAACAAUUCUGUUCGAGCUGCUGCAAAACAUAUUCUAGAAAAAUUUUACAAUGUUGAGGACGCUUUUUGGAAGUUUGAUGACAACAAGACCAAGAGAACAAUGUAAACCCAGCUGGCUACCUAAGAAGGGGGUGAACUGGGUCUUCUCAAUUUACUUCAAAACUUGUUUCUUUUUCUUUUAAAACUUGAAUCAAAUUUCCAAUAUAUAAACUGUUAUGCAAAAUAAACAAAGAAUGAUUGC